GCUGUGCUUUGAGGAGAAAGGAGCUGAAUGGCAACGGAUGGGACAACAACAGCAUCAAGGGUCUGCAUCCUUCAGAGGCCGCAAUUGAAGGCCAAUUAUGUCACAACACUGCGCAAAGGCUGUCCCAAUUCAAAGGCUCCUCCGAAUGCAGCCUUCUUUUCCCUCGUCCUAGAGGACACACCGCCACAAUCGAAACAAACUAAAGAAAUGAUGGCCACCUCAAGUGGUGCAGAUCUCACAUUUAAAUGGAGCAAACAGAGAGCUUCAUCACUUUGUUCACAGGGCAAAACAUUGCACCACAGUUGGAUGGAAAACAGUUCUGGAAACAGUCGGCCUGCAGGGGAAGGUCGAGCCCAGCAGGCCAGAAACAAGUGGGGCCAUUUAAAGAACCAGUACAAAGUAGCUGCAGGAUUGCUUAUAUCCAGAUACAGGAGAGGGGGUCAGUGGGAGGCUAAUGGGUCCUGGUUUGUCCUCAUGGAUGAGGUGUUAGGACCUUCCACUGCCCCCUGUCCUAACUGCCAUCACCUGAGGACACACCAGGGCCAAGUGACCAGGAGGAGAGCCAGCCAGGGCCGAGAAGGAAGAGGAGGAGGGAGGAUGAAGGAGGACGUGAGGCUGCAGAGAGGAUGGAGAGACUCUUCUUUCUGCUUCAGAGGACAAUCCUUACAUUAUUUCUGUUGUUAUUUAGUUAAUUUAUGAAUUUAAUUAUUUGUUCAUAAUUGUUAAUUUUAUAUAAAUCACUCUGAAGGCUAGACCAUCCCAUUUAACGGUUGAGGCAGCCAUGCAGGUCUCUUCGAAGGACCUGGCCUUUGCAGGCUGUGAAGGCCGGGUCCUUCGAAGGAUGCAGUCCCUGAAGUGAGACACAGCCAUAGCAGCUCAAAUGUCAACAUUUUUUGCUCCCAAAGGUAUGCUGUGCUGUGACUGAUUUUCCAAAAUAUUAACACACUAAGAAUCAUUAAACCACAUGGCAGCGUAGUUCAUGGGACAUGCACAAACUCACACACUUAAGGUGUCUGCAUGAUUUGACCGCUC